AUGAGCCCCGGCGGUGGAGGCAGCGAAAGGGAACGAGGCGGUGGCGGGCGGAGGCGGCGAGCGAGGGCGACCGCUACCAGUGAGGCAGCCGCUGCUGCGAGGGCCACAGCCCAGGCGCGGGGGCGACAACAGGUUAAAAAUCUGUAAGAACCUGAUUUUAGAAUUCACCAGCUCCUCAGAAGUUUGGCGAAAUAUGAGUUAUUAAACCUACGCUCAGAUCAAGUUAGCAGCUAGACUGGUGUGACAACCUGUUUUUAAUCAGUGACUCAAAGCUGUGAUCACCCUGAUGUCACCGAAUGGCCACAGCUUGUAAAAGAUCACCAGGAGAACCUCAGUCUGACGACAUCGAAGCUAGCCGAAUGAAGCGAGCAGCUGCAAAGCAUCUAAUAGAACGCUACUACCACCAGUUAACUGAGGGCUGUGGAAAUGAGGCCUGCACGAAUGAGUUUUGUGCUUCCUGUCCAACUUUUCUUCGUAUGGAUAACAAUGCAGCAGCUAUUAAAGCCCUCGAGCUUUAUAAGAUUAAUGCAAAACUCUGUGAUCCUCAUCCCUCCAAGAAAGGAGCGAGCUCAGCUUACCUUGAAAACUCGAAAGGUGCCCCUAACAAUUCCUGCUCUGACAUAAAAAUGAACAAGAAGGAAGGACAAGGAGCAAGAGAUGAUUUUAGAGAUGUGACUUACCUAACAGAAGAGACGGUAUAUGAAAUUCUUGAAUUAUGUAGAGAGAGAGAGGAUUAUUCCCCUUUAAUCCGUGUUAUUGGAAGAGUUUUUUCUAGUGCUGAGGCAUUGGUACAGAGCUUUCGGAAAGUCAAACAACACACCAAGGAAGAACUUAAAUCUCUUCAAGGAAAGGAUGAAGACAAAGAUGAAGAUGAAAAGGAAAAAGCUGCAUGUUCUGCUGCUGCUAUGGAAGAAGAUUCAGAGGCAUCUUCUUCAAGGAUAAGUGAUAGUUCACAAGGCGAUAACAACUUACAAAAAUUAGGCCCUGAUGAUGUGUCUGUAGAUAUUGAGGCCAUUAGAAGGGUCUACACCAGAUUACUCUCUAAUGAAAAAAUAGAAACUGCUUUUCUCAAUGCACUUGUGUAUUUGUCACCUAAUGUGGAAUGUGACUUGACGUAUCACAAUGUAUACUCUCGAGAUCCUAAUUAUCUGAAUUUAUUCAUUAUUGUAAUGGAGAAUAGAAAUCUCCACAGUCCUGAAUAUCUGGAAAUGGCUUUGCCUUUAUUUUGCAAAGCAAUGAGUAAGCUACCCCUCGCAGCCCAAGGAAAAUUGGUUAGACUGUGGUCUAAAUACAGUGCAGACCAGAUUCGUAGAAUGAUGGAAACAUUUCAGCAACUUAUUACUUACAAAGUCAUAAGCAAUGAAUUUAACAGUCGGAAUCUAGUGAAUGAUGAUGAUGCUAUUGUUGCUGCUUCAAAGUGCUUAAAAAUGGUUUACUAUGCAAAUGUAGUGGGUGGGGAAGUGGACACAAAUCAUAAUGAAGAAGAUGAUGAAGAGCCCAUCCCUGAGUCCAGUGAAUUGACACUUCAGGAGCUUUUGGGAGAGGAAAGAAGAAACAAGAAAGGUCCUCGAGUGGACCCCCUGGAAACUGAACUUGGUGUUAAAACUCUGGAUUGUCGAAAACCACUUAUCCCUUUUGAAGAGUUUAUUAAUGAACCACUGAAUGAUGUUCUAGAAAUGGAUAAAGAUUAUACUUUUUUCAAAGUAGAAACAGAGAACAAAUUCUCUUUCAUGACAUGUCCCUUUAUAUUGAAUGCUGUCACAAAGAAUUUGGGAUUAUAUUAUGACAAUAGAAUUCGCAUGUACAGUGAACGAAGAAUCACUGUUCUCUACAGCUUAGUUCAAGGACAGCAGUUGAAUCCGUAUUUGAGACUCAAAGUCAGACGUGACCAUAUCAUAGAUGAUGCACUUGUCCGGCUAGAGAUGAUCGCUAUGGAAAAUCCUGCAGACUUGAAGAAACAGUUGUAUGUGGAAUUUGAAGGAGAACAAGGAGUUGAUGAGGGAGGUGUUUCCAAAGAAUUUUUUCAGCUGGUUGUGGAGGAAAUCUUCAAUCCAGAUAUUGGUAUGUUCACAUAUGAUGAAUCUACAAAAUUGUUUUGGUUUAAUCCAUCCUCUUUUGAAACUGAGGGUCAGUUCACUCUGAUUGGCAUAGUGCUGGGUCUGGCUAUUUACAAUAACUGUAUACUGGAUGUACAUUUUCCCAUGGUUGUCUACAGGAAGCUAAUGGGGAAAAAAGGAACUUUUCGUGACCUAGGAGAUUCUCACCCUGUCCUAUAUCAGAGUUUAAAAGAUUUAUUGGAAUAUGAAGGAAAUGUGGAAGAUGACAUGAUGAUCACUUUCCAGAUAUCUCAGACAGACCUCUUUGGUAAUCCCAUGAUGUAUGAUCUAAAGGAAAAUGGUGAUAAAAUUCCAAUUACGAAUGAAAACAGGAAGGAAUUUGUCAAUCUCUAUUCUGACUACAUUCUCAAUAAAUCAGUAGAAAAACAAUUCAAAGCCUUUCGGAGAGGUUUUCAUAUGGUGACCAAUGAGUCUCCCUUAAAGUAUUUAUUCAGACCAGAGGAAAUUGAAUUGCUUAUAUGUGGAAGCCGGAAUCUAGAUUUCCAAGCACUAGAAGAAACUACGGAAUAUGACGGUGGCUAUACUAGGGACUCUGUUCUGAUUAGGGAGUUCUGGGAAAUCGUUCAUUCAUUUACAGAUGAGCAGAAAAGACUUUUCUUGCAGUUUACAACAGGUACAGACAGAGCACCUGUGGGUGGACUAGGAAAAUUAAAGAUGAUUAUAGCCAAAAAUGGCCCAGACACAGAAAGGUUACCUACAUCUCAUACUUGCUUUAAUGUCCUUUUACUGCCGGAAUAUUCAAGCAAGGAAAAACUUAAAGAAAGAUUGCUGAAGGCCAUCACUUAUGCCAAAGGAUUUGGCAUGCUGUAAAAAAAAAAAAAUUAAUUAAAAAAAAAAGAAGAAGAAGAAUGGAAAAAAAGGAAAAGAAAAAUUUUAAAUUUUAAUAAUCAUAACAAGAGGGAUGAAUUUGGUGGUGAUAAUGUCCCAGUACAAAAAGGCUGUAAGAUAGUGAACCACAGUAGUCACCUUAUGUCUGUGCCUCCCUUCUUUAUUGGGGAUAUGUGGGCUGGAACAGCAGAUUUCAGCUACUUAUAUGAACAAAUCCUUUAUUAUUAUUAUUAUUAUUAUUUUUUUUUUUGCGUGAAAGUGUUACUUAUUCUUUCACUUGUAUGUACAGAGAGGUUUUUCUGAAUAUUUAUUUUAAGGGUUAAAUCACUUUUGCUUGUGUUUAUUACUGCUUGAGGUUGAGCCUUUUUGAGUAUUUAAAAAAUAUAUACCAACAAAACUACUCUCCCAAGGAAAAUAUUGCCACCAUUUGUAGACUGUGUAACCUUCAACUAUGUGCUAUUUUCGUCCCUGUAUCUAACUCAAAUCAGGAACUGUGUUGUUGUUUUUUUUUUUUUUUUUUUUUUAAACAAUUUGCUUUGAAACUUGAAGUCUUGAAAACAGUGUGAUGCAAUUGCUGCUGUUCUAGUCCCCAAAGAGUUUUCUGUGCAAAAUCUUGAAAUCAAUAAAGAUGGAAGGGAGAACUUGGAAUGUUUUAACUGCAGCCCUCAGAACUUUACUUUAGUAACAGCACAACAAAUUAAAAACAACUCAUGCCACAGUAUGUCGUCUUCAUGUGUCUUGCAAUGAACUGUUUCAGUAGCCAAUCCUCUUUCUUAGUAUAUGAAAGGACAGGGAUUAUCUUGUUGUUGUUGUUGUUGUUGUUGUUGUUAUUGUUAUUGUUAUUGUUGUUGUUUUAAGUUUACUGGGGAAAAGUGCAUUUGGCCAAAAGAAAUGGUAGUAAAGCCUGUUGCAAGAAAGCUAGGAAGUUUGUUGUUUAUUAUAAACGCAAAGCAUGUGAAAGUGCACUUAAAUUUUUUAUUAAUUACUUAUUACCUGCAUUUUAAAUAGACAAUCCAAAGUCUUCCCUUCAUGUUGCCAUCAUCUUGUCUAAUCAGCCAUUUUAUCAAGGCACAUGAUCAGUGUUGCAACAUAAUAGAAAGGAUGGCUCUUGUGCCUUGUUUUACCUAAUCAUACGUUAAGCAGACCUGGAAUGAAUGGAACUAUUACUCUUAAGUCCUAUUUACAUUGUAUAUCCCCAAAGAUUAAGUUAUACUUCAAAAAGUAAGUGUUAAAUAUUACUUCCAUGUGGAAAAGUACAAAUAGGUUUAAAUUACUGGACGUUCAGAAGUAAGUAGUUUCCCCUUUCUAGUCUUCUGUGUCUGUGAUGUUAAUUUCUUUUAUUACAAUAUAAAUAAAAGGAUUAUGUAUUUUUAACUAAGGAGAGAUAUGGAUAUAUCCUUUUACUACAAGCUAUAUACAGCUAAUGUGCUGAGCUUGUGCUUUGAUGAUUGUUUUAACAGACAGAUUAGAUCAACCGGAUGAUUUGUUUGAAAUUGGCAGGAAAAAUACAGCUUUUCAAAUCACGGGAGGGGAGAAAGGAUAUCUUUCAGGAUUAUUUUAAUUAUUUUAGUAAUUGAGAGAGAUCUGUUGUGUACCAUAAUGCUAAAUAAAACAGUGACAUUUUUCAUCAUUAUUUAGAGGAAAAAGAAAACAGUGGUUUCAUCUUGUGAUAAGGUAACUUUUUUUGUUGUUGUUGUUUUCUGGGCCAUCCUUUAGAACACUGUUAAGGUAUGUACACUACCUUGAUGCAAGGGACUCUCAUGAUACUCUAGUCAUCUUAAAGAGCGUCUCAUCCAUGUGCUUGUGUAUAAUGAAAGGAGGAGAGAAAUCAAAUACUCUGGGGGCAUUUUAUAUAAUAAAUUCAUGAAGAAAUGUGUGUUCUUCAGUUCUCAAGUUCUAUUAUCACAGUAUUGAAGUUCUAUAAUUGUAUUAACAUAUCUGUAUGAAGUUUGUGAAUGGUAAUUGAGUAUAGGUUAUCAGAUAUAGAAUUCACAUCAAAUAGACUUUUAACAAACAGUUCAAAAUAAACCUACCCUUAAAAAUAUUUUAAGAGAAAAAGUCAUUGGUUGUCCAUACUAGCCGCUCUCACUUGCUUAGUAAUUAUCCUGGGCAUGUUACCACUUUUCUUACCAUUGCCUCCUGUUCACUACUGUUUAGUAGAAUGCCAUUGAACAGUAUCUCAAGGAAGAGGAAAACAGAAAUUUUGACUAUAAUGACUAAUUCUUCUACCCAAAUUUCUUAUGAAAGUACUUUUUUGCCUGAACAUUUACAUAUUUUGGUUAUCUGUGAAUCAGCCAACAGUCUGCAGGAAGCUGUGGCGAUAAAAUGAACCAUAAACUAAAAUAAUUAGCUUUCCAAAUGAAGUAGAAACUUUAUCUUACAGUUUUAUUAUUUUAGAAAAUUUCAAACAUGCAACAUAAAAAUACAACCUGCUAUCAAACUUUUCUGGAGCCUGGCAGCUUCAGUAAAUGAGUUGGAUUUCCUCACCCUAUACUACUGUUUCAAGUUGUGGUUAAUUGUGUGAUAAAAUACAACAACUUCCCUAGCUUAUUUUGGGAUGCAUACCUGUGUAGGGAGAAAAAUAUCCAAAAAACAAACAAAACCUUAAAAAUGAGGCUUCAAACUGAACUUGCUGAUACUCAUUCAUUGUGACUUAGUAACACCACUCCCUGUUCCCCUAAGAACACAAUGGCUGGGAUUUCAGGCCCCAUUUUGUUUUUUUUCCUCAAGAAUUUCAUAACGGUCUCUCAAGAAGAAUUGUUUCCCUAAGGCUAUUUUAUUUGUAGUCGUGAUCUCCUUACCUUCUCUCUCAUAUGUAUACGUAUAAUUUUUUUUUUUUUUAACCAAAGAAUUAAAGAACAAACUUCUGUUUGCUCCCUCUUGUCUUCUCUGUGUUACUAGUCUAUCAAGAAUUUCCUGGGGAAGACUUAACAACUUUAAAAUCCCAAGGCUUUUCCCCCUUCCCUGUUCAAAUCCAGUAGGUUGGCAUUUGUUAAACACUGCAAGAUUUUGAUGAAAAUUUCUCACUGAGAAAUGCUGCUAAUCCAUUUCUGUGCCACUGAAAAUGCUUUCCUGAACAAAACAACCUCUUCAACUGCCAGUAUGAACUGUUUAACCUUGCCAACACCUUGAAAUUAAUUUUGCUGCUACUCUGGUCCUUAUUCAGUUGGAUGUUUAUCAUCCAGAUCUUGGAUGGGUAGUAUAAUUCUACUUAAAGUUCUUGUCCAGUUCUCUUCUAGUCAACCUCAACCACUCCUGAAGAUUCUUGUCUAAAUUUAUAUUUUUUUCUCAGACUCUAUCCCCAGGAUAAUUUUUCUGAUACCUCAAAGUUAAUACCAGAACUUCAUUUUGCAUCUCUACCUACUGUUAAUUUGUUUCUUCCUUAAAAGGAUCACUUUCAACCCAGUCAUUGAAAUCCAUCAUCUCUCAGCUGUCACAGCUUUUAUUAAUUCCUUUCCCCUCCAGUCUCCCCAGUUCAUCAUACUUCCUUUCAGGUUCUGGUCCAUUGAAUCACCUGGUUGCUUUCAGUAGCUUCCCAAAUAACCACCCUGACUGUAAACUCCUCUUCGAAUCUUUUUCAUUUUGCUAAAACAAUUUUGCUGAUUUAAAUUUCCUCUGCUUCAAAAUUUGCUCCUGUUUGAAUAUUCUUCAAGCUUGGCAUCCAAGGCCCUCCAUAAACUGGGUCCCACGUGCUUUUCCAAUUUUGCCAUCUGUUACAGGCACUUUCCCUGAAGCACAACAUCUUCAUUUGUGCUUAUUUCAUAUUUCUCAAGUGCCCUUCAAAAUGAAAAUUUAAAAACACUUUACCCAUAAAGUCACCACCAAAAUGGACUUCCAAGUGCUUGUGUGACCUCACAGCAACCCAUACUUAACAUGGUAGUUCAGCUCGUUGGGGCACAUUCCUUAUUUAAACGAGGAGUACCUGAGAUUUUCUCCUCCCAGCCCCAUAACCAUUACCCAGGAUGCGACCAGAUUCAUGGCAGAGAGAGUGUUUUUUUUUAAUCUUUCUACCAGCUUGUCACCACUUGAAUGAUUGAAAACGGCUCAGCAUGCAAUAGGAUGUUCAAUGAAGCUUCCUGUUUUUAUCACUAAAGAUGACCUCUUGUCUCCCCACACUUCUCCCCCACAAAAGUUUUUUUUUUUUUAAUUAAAUAUUUAAAUGUUUGUGGCUAAAGGACUUGCUUCUUGAGGAUGUGGCUCCCCUGGAUCAGUGACUGUUCCAAUCCAUGGAAAGACAGUAAGAGGGAAAGAAUGAAAAGGACAAAUGUCUUUGAGAGCAAGAUUGUGUGACUUCCCCAGCCCUACCCUUUGGAUGUGCUCUCACAACCAGGAGCCUCUGUGCAGACAUGUCUGGUGACCACACUCCUCUCCCAUAGGGGCAGGCAUCUUACACAACCCCACUGUUGCCAGACUUUCAUGUCUAUCAAGGAACAAUCCUCUGCCAAACACUGCUUUUUAUACUAAAUGAAGCACCACAAUGAAUGAAUGCAUCAUAAGCCUUACUACGAAUCAACCCUCAAAUCAGGAUUCUUAGGUUCAUUUGAACAGAACCUGGAGUAAUUAUCCUAGCUAUCUUCUGGUCUUUAGAAAACCAUAGAAAAUACAAUAAGCAUGUGUCUGGUAAAUGGUACACAGGUGUCGAGGGUGCCGCCUUCAGUGUCAGAUGACUAGGUCUCAGUCCGGGCCCUGCCCUUGCCUCAGCUUGGAUUGUCAUAUUCAAGCCCACCUCAUUGCAGAUUAUUAGGAUUCAAUGAAUUCGAGAUAUAGAUGCUAGAAAACCCGGUGCAAGACAGAAACUGCUAUAGGUUCUCUCAAUAUUUGCCAAUUAAAAGGAGUCAUUGAGAGGUUGGAGAUAUGAUUGCUUUUGCAGGAUUGACCCUCCCUCAUCUACCUCAAAGUAGGGAGGGGUACGUCUCUCGUUUUUGUGUAAGAUAAAAUCCAUGUAACAAAAUUCACUCUUUUUUGCAGUGUACAAUUAAUGGCUUUUAGAAUAUUUACAAAAUUGUGCAAUCAUUACCAUUAAAUACAGAGCAUUUUUAUCACU